GUGACCUUGUCAGGCGGUGAAUGCGCAUGCGCGCAGCAGCACGUGUGUCAGUAAGGAGAGAGCGGUGACCGGGGGACGCGGGGCUCUGUCUUUUCAACCAUGUCCUGGUUAUUCGGUUACAACAAGGGUCAGCAGUUGCCCCCACAGGUGCCUGGCGUACCGGCUCCACCGCCCGGAGGGGAUGGGGACGGCGACAAGAACAAGGCCAAGGACAAAUGGAGCAACUUUGACCCCACCGGCCUGGAGAGGGCAGCUAAGGCUGCUAGAGAGCUAGACCAGUCACGUCAUGCCAAAGAGGCACUACAGCUCGCUAAGAUGCAAGAAGAGACGCUUCACCUGGAACAAAACGCAAAAAUCAAGGAAUAUGAAGCUGCCGUAGAACAGUUGAAGAAUGAACAGAUUCGAGUGCAAUCGGAGGAAAGGAGGAAAACCCUAAAUGAGGAGACAAAGCAGAACCAAGCCAGAGCUCUUUACCAAGAUAAAUUGGCAAGGCAGCGGUACGAGGAUCAGUUACGGCAGCAGCAACAAAUGAAUGAGGACAAUUUGCGCAAACAAGAAGAGUCUGUUCAGAAACAAGAGGCAAUGCAACGGGCCACGGUGGAGCACGAGAUGGAGUUGCGACAUAAGAAUGAGAUGUUGCGGAUCGAGGCAGAGGCUCGGGCUCGUGCCAAGGUAGAACGUGAAAAUGCUGACAUUAUCCGGGAACAAAUUCGCCUUAAAGCUGCAGAACAUCGUCAGACCGUCUUGGAAUCCAUCACGACUGCUGGAACUGUGUUUGGAGAGGGUUUCCGUGCCUUUGUGUCAGACUGGGACAAAGUGACAGCAACAGUCGCUGGAUUGACUCUACUUGCAGUCGGUGUUUACUCUGCAAAGAACGCAACCGGUGUGGCAGGUCGCUUUGUUGAAGCACGGCUUGGAAAGCCCUCAUUGGUCAGAGACACAUCUCGAAUAACGGUGGCGGAGGCCUUCAAGCACCCUAUUAAGGUCACCAGACGUCUGCUUAGCAGAAUCCAGGAUGCCUUGGAAGGUGUUGUCCUCAGUCCAAAGCUGGAGGAACGGGUGAGGGACAUCGCCAUUGCCACCAGGAAUACGAAGAACAACAAAGGCCUUUACAGGAAUAUUUUAAUGUAUGGUCCUCCAGGGACUGGAAAAACACUAUUUGCCAAGAAAUUAGCCAUGCAUUCUGGCAUGGAUUACGCCAUCAUGACUGGUGGUGACGUCGCCCCCAUGGGGCGAGAUGGAGUUACUGCAAUGCACAAAGUGUUUGACUGGGCAAACACUAGCAAGCGCGGCCUUUUGCUUUUCGUGGAUGAAGCAGAUGCUUUCCUAAGGAAGAGGUCGACGGAGAAAAUCAGUGAAGAUCUGAGAGCUACACUAAAUGCCUUUCUCUACAGGACUGGAGAGCAAAGUAACAAGUUUAUGUUGGUGCUGGCCAGUAAUCAGCCAGAACAGUUUGACUGGGCCAUCAACGAUCGUAUAGAUGAAAUUGUCAACUUCCAACUUCCUGGACUGGACGAGAGGGAGCGCCUGGUCCGGCUUUACUUUGAUAAAUACGUCUUAAAACCCGCAAGCGAGGGCAAGCAGCGUUUGAAAGUCGCUCAGUUUGACUAUGGGAAAAAAUGUUCAGAGCUGGCGAAAAUCACCGAAGGCAUGUCUGGCAGAGAGAUCUCCAAACUGGGUGUUGCUUGGCAGGCUGCAGCCUAUGCCUCAGAAGAUGGCAUUUUGACAGAAGCCAUGAUUGAUGCCCGUGUGGCUGAUGCUGUCCGGCAGCACCAGCAGAAGAUGGAAUGGCUAAGGGCAGAGGGCAAGGAAGGGGACAAAGGUGGUAAAAACCCUCUGCAGCAUCUACUGGAAGGAACCCCCGUCUGACGCAUCAAGAAAUAGUGACCAUUGAACUGCCUCAACCUUCUAUCAGCAAGUGACUUCAGCCAGUUGCUGCCGGCAACGGAAACCAACAGUUGGCCCGAUCAUCGAUCAUGAAGAUGGUGGCACGUUGUUGGCCUCCCAACCACAGGGAGCGGCGGGACUGUUGCGCUGGCCC